GAUCGCCGCAGCUGUCAAGCUUUUUGCGGGAUGUUAGCAUGUUUUGAUUCACCGUGCAAGCAAUGAACGACACGAGCGCCGAGAGGACCGGAGCGACACCGGCGGAGGUUCUGUGGACUUCGGGCUGCCAAGCCCCAUUUGUCUUGCAGGUUGGAGGAUGGAGCUGAGGUUGAGGGGCGAUGGCAAGCCGUCCGUGUCCUGGUUCCUCCUCAGCCCUGCCCUUAUCUUCUCCCUCUUGACCGUGUUAGUGAGCUGUCACGGUACCUGCAAACACCGGGUCCCUUCUCCUGACGAGGUUGUCCAUCAUGUGUACUUGAAGCCUGAGCGUUUGACUAAGAGGAGCUCUCCUGAAGACCUUCAGCUGAAAAUAAAGAUCAUCUAUGACAACAGCGUCGACCAACUUACUGCAGACAAGAGGAGACUUGUGAAGGAUAAGCUGUUUCCCCAGGCCAUCGAUUACCUGCAGAGAGCUUUCAGUGUGAGGCACAGGGUGGGGCCGGUACUGCUCAGCAGGCAAUGUUCAACCAACCAGUACAUGAGGAAGAGAGAUGACCCUCAUCGCUACUGCCAGGACGCCUGUGCAAAUGUCACCAGAUGUGGUCCUGUCAUUGUACCACAGCACCACCUGCAGCAAUGCAAGGUGUGCAGUGAGUCUGGGAAGUCAUGUGGCCCUACAGGGCCCCCAGAUGGCCCUGGGGUUGAGGGGUCCGACUUUGUGCUCUAUGUUAGCGGCAUCACCACGGAACGCUGCGGACAGGAGAACAUAGUGGCCUAUGCUGCUUACUGCCAGCUGGAGGCACAGCUGGACAGACCUAUAGCAGGCUAUGCCAACCUGUGUCCUGCUAUGAUCUCCUCUCAACCUCAGGAGUUUGAAGGGAUGCUCUCCACAGUCAAACAUGAAAUCAUCCACGCUCUGGGGUUUUCAGCUGGCCUGUUUGCCUUCUACCACGAUGAUGAGGGCAAACCUCUGACUCCUCGCUUCGCCAGCGGCCUGCCUGCCUUCAACGAGAGUCUGGGUCUAUACCAGUGGAGCGAGGCCGUUAUCAGAAGAGUCACCAGACUGUGGGACAUCAGAGGAGGGGUGAUGGUCCGACACCAAGUGCAUGUCCUUGUUACUCCUCGUGUUGUGGAGGAAGCAAGGAGACAUUUUAACUGCCCCAUUUUGGAGGGGAUGGAGCUGGAGAACCAAGGAGGGACAGGAACCGAACUGAACCACUGGGAAAAGAGACUGUUAGAGAAUGAGGCAAUGACGGGCUCCCACACUCAGAACCGGGUGUUUUCUCGGCUGACGCUGGCCAUCAUGGAGGACAGCGGCUGGUACCGUGCCAACUACAGCCUGGCUCAGAGGCUGGACUGGGGUCAUGGUCUUGGCUGCGACUUCGUCAUGAAGAGCUGCAAAUUCUGGAUGGACAGACAGAGACAGAGAAGACACGCUGUAACUCCGUACUGUGACACAGUGCGAGCCUCUCCUCUGCAGCUGACCUGCAGGCAGGACCAGUUGGCUGUAGCUGUGUGCAACCUGCAGAAAUACCCACAAGAGCUGCCACUUGAGUACCAGUAUUUCGAGCAGAUCCCGGACGUGGCUGCUGAUCAGCUGUCGCUCUUUGGAGGUGCUGUGGAAAUCGCUGACUACUGUCCCUUCAGUCAGGAGUUCAGCUGGCACCUUAGUGGAGAAUACCAGAGAAACUCCUACUGCAGAGUGCCUGAGAACCAGCCAGACUGGUGGAGGAAUUAUGGAGCAGAGCAGUAUGGACCAGACUCUGUGUGUCUAUACCAGAAGUCAGCCUUUGUAAUGGAGCAGUGCACUCGGAAGAUGACGUACCCUGACUGGGGCUCCGGAUGCUACAAGGUGUCGUGCUCAGUUCAGGGCCUCACGGUGUACGUUCAGGAUCGUUCCUUCCUCUGUGUCCGUAAAGGUCAGCUGCUGAGCAUCAGCGUAAGAGUCAACGACUGGAUUUACAACGGUGUCCUGAUCUGCCCCGCCUGCACUGACUUCUGUGAUGACUGCCCCCUCCCCCACCAGCUCCCACCCAUCAACACCUCCAGGAGCAACCCAAUUGAUCCAUGCUCCAGUUCUCCCGGUCUGGCCACCACUUUGUGGCUCCUGCUGCUCAACCUGCUUCCUUUAGUGGCUGGACUGCUGCUGUGCCACUGCAGCUGAUAAAACACAAACACACACUUAAGACACCUGACACACUAAGGUAGCUGAACGGCCCUCUCUACCAUAGUCCUCUGAGGACUUGGACUGCAGACAUUUCUCCUCGUUUUU